AACCGCGCCAACUCCAUGUCAACAUUGCAAAACGUGAGAUACAGCACCACAUUGGCUCCCUCAAUGUCGGUGCGCAUAAAUAUUAUACAAACAGCUCACCCGCCGACCAGUUCACGUGAUUUACGGACUCGAGUUAAGGCGACGACACCGCGACUGGCUGGUCCACCUGUGGCUACGUCUGGAUGCUGUGAGGCAGCCCAAUCUCAUGGGAGUCCAAACUCCAGAAGCUCGCGACGCUCUCAACGACCAAGCCAAAGUACGUCGCCGCAUCGUGAACCUGCUCUCCAUAACCAAGUUU